AUGGAAAAACGAGAUAAAGAGCUGAAUGAUCUCCAGGAUCUUUGGAAGAAGUUAGAAGCCGAGGAAGUUGAUGCUAAGAAUGCGAAGCUUAUGAAAAUUGAGAAGUCUUUGAUCUCGGACGGUUCAGUUAAUCAGAAGCUCUUUUCAUUUUACUUAAAGUAUGCCAAGGCACAGUAUAAGUAUCAGAGCUUGAAGAAAAUAAGUGUUGUAAAUGUUAAAUCAUCUGUUCAGACUGAGGACUUUCUGAACAUACAGUUCAAGGGAUUUGGAGGAGCUAAUCAUAUUAUGGAUGAGUUCACUUUGGAAGACUUGCCAUUUAUGAACCCAUACGAUUGGAUAUCCUUGUUAAACCUUGUUAUGAAAGAUGAAAAGAAGUACGCGCCUAUUGUAGCGCAUUUGAAAAGAAUAAUCAUCUUCUACAUCCUGGAUAUUGCAAAUCUGGAUGUGGAGAUUGCAUCAGUUCUGAAAAAGAGGCCAAUUCUGAAACCGAAAGAGCAACCAAAGGAUAUUCAGAAGAUGGGAGUGGGAAUUAUCCAAAAAGAGCAUUGUAUCAUCGUUUACAACAGAAAGCAAGGAGAAGCAAUUCAGAAAAGUAUCUUCUUUCUGCAAGACAAACACCUGUAUUUUACAGCUGCUCUGAAGACUAUUCUUUCUAUGGACCAAGCAUGCAAAGUAAACCCCUCUUCCGACCUCAAAUGCUUUUCGGAUAUGAUCAGAUGGCACUUAUAUGUCUGA